UGAACUUGAUAAAGGCAAGUGGGGGUUUGUGUUUUUUGACGUCAACUGAAUUUGAUUAUUUUCAACGGGUCAAGAUGGCGGAGGAGAGCAGGUUGAAGCAUCGGAAUCACUCUCAGCAAAAUUGCAAAAAGAGCAUUUUCGGCGAAGGUGAGCAUGGUGUGGAGGGUGUGCCUCAUAAGAUGAGCCCUGAGGAAGAGGAGGCCCUGUUGUCGGAGGAAGAUGCCUUGUCGGCCAGGCCGGUCCAGAUCGUUGUGGCUCACGAGGACGACCACGCCUUUGAGCUCGACGAGGCGGCGCUGGAGUGCAUCCUGCUGCAGGAGCAUGUGCGCAACCUCAAUGUGGUGGUGGUGUCGGUGGCCGGUGCCUUCCGCAAGGGCAAGUCCUUCCUGCUGGACUUCAUGCUGCGCUUCAUGUACAACCAGACAUCUUGCUCCUGGCUGGGUGGGCACGAGGAGCCACUGACGGGCUUCACCUGGCGGGGGGGCUGCGAGAGGGAGACCACGGGCAUCCUGGCUUGGAGCGAGGUGUUUGUGGUGGACAAGCCAGACGGGAGCAAGGUUGCUGUUCUUCUAAUCGACACACAGGGGGCUUUCGACAGCCAAUCAACCAUCAAAGAUUGUGCGACACUGUUUGCGUUGAGCACCAUGACCAGCUCUGUACAGGUUUACAACUUGUCUCAGAAUGUGCAGGAAGAUGACCUUCAACAUCUCCAGCUCUUUACUGAAUAUGGAAGGCUGGCCUUGGAAGAAAUCUAUGAGAAACCCUUUCAGACUUUAAUGUUUCUUAUAAGAGACUGGAGCUACCCAUACGAGCAUUCUUAUGGCUUAGAGGGAGGGAAGAGUUUCCUGGAAAAGAGAUUACAAGUGAAACAGAACCAGCACGAGGAGCUGCAGAAUGUCAGGAAGCACAUCCACUCCUGCUUCUCUAACAUUGGCUGCUUCCUCCUGCCCCACCCCGGCCUCAAGGUGGCCACCAACCCCAACUUUGAUGGCAGACUCACAGAUAUUGAUGACGAUUUCAAGACUGAGCUAGUCAACCUAGUGCCAAUCUUGUUGUCCCCGGAGAACUUGGUGGAGAAAGAAAUCGGAGGAUCCAAAGUGACGUGUCGAGACCUUGUACAGUAUUUCAAAGCAUACAUGAAAAUAUACCAAGGGGAGGAGCUGCCUCAUCCCAAGUCAAUGUUACAGGCAACAGCUGAAGCCAACAACCUCGCAGCUGUUGCAGGAGCAAAAGACAUUUACAACAAAGGCAUGGAGCAGGUGUGCGGAGGCGACAAGCCCUACAUGGCCCCCGAUCAACUGGAGUGCGGCCACGCGAACCUGCGGCAGGUGGCGGUCAAACACUUCCGCUCGGUCAAGAAAAUGGGCGGCGAGGACUUCUGCCGGUGCUACCAGGAGCAGCUGGAAGCAGAGCUGGACGAGGCCUUCACUAACUUCAUCAAACACAACGAUGGCAAGAACAUCUUCUACGCGGCGCGCACGCCCGCCACGCUCUUCGCUGUCAUGUUCGCCAUGUACGUGGCAUCGCUGGUCACGGGCUUCCUGGGUAUCAACACAGUGGCCACGGUGUGUAAUCUCAUUAUGGGCGUGGCACUGGCUGCGCUCUGCCUUUGGGCCUAUGUGAAGUAUUCCGGCGAGUUCCGCGAGGUGGGCAGUGUCAUCGACCAGGUUGCCGAGACCCUGUGGGAGCAGAGGACGCCACGAAAGAUCUUUUCCAAACUCUUUGAGGUGGCGAGGAGUCGAGUCCCGUUGGAUUCCUUGAUAACGGCCCAGAGAACGAGACUGGCCUCGAACAACAAUGUCAAGAAGAAAAACUAGCACCUGCUGUCCCCCCCCCCUUCGCUUGGUUUCCGGUGUCCAUUUUUAGGACUAUAUAUAAAUGUUUUCUUUUUUUGAUAGCUCAUGGUCCCCAUGCCAUGCUGGUUUAGUAUUUAAAAACUGCAUUUUAUACCUGGUUCUCACCACAAAUGUAGAGUACAGGUUGGCACUUUCAUGGUUGAGUUCCCAUGUGUUGUGGGGUUUAGGGCGGGUAGGGUGACAUCGGGGGUGGGUGGGUGUGUGUGUGUGUGCGCGCAUGAUGAGCUGCCACGGAUGAAUGUACGAACAAACAAAUGAAGCUUGGUUUCCUUUCUUUGCUCCUUUCUCCACACCUCCAGUUAUAGGUUUUAUCCUCCUUUCCCCCUCCCUUUCAUCUGACGUCUUCCCCUCCUUCUCUUUCCCACCACUCUUGUCUCUCUCCCCAGGUGUUGAAGCCUCUGGGCGAUCACUAUAUGGAGGAUAACAUUAGGCUGAGUGUGGUCAACAAUCUCUGCUUGUCUGAGCGAGCCGGUGUCACAGCACGGCAAGUUAGAGUAAAUGGGAGACCGAUGGACCACUGCCCACACUAACACUGCCAACUCGCCCGUAGAACCAAAGUUUACAGCUUUACCCUCUGUAAUUGGUCCUAGCUGCUCGUCACUUAACUCGGACACACAAUGAGAAGGCGGUAUUACGAGCGGUUGGCAGUGUGGAGAAGGAUGAGCCCGCCUCCUUUUCUUUGAUCAGACUGCUGAUUGGAUGUCUUGUGAGACGCAUCUUCCCCCCCCUCCAGCCAAUGGAAACUGAUUGUUAUAGUAACUAUUUAAGCUACAAUGUGCUCCUUGUCUUCUCUAAGAGCUUUCUCGUUUUCCUUCCUGCUUGUCUGAGUGAAUGGAUAUCAAUCAAUGUAAGAACAACCACUGCUCUGUUUCUCUAACACUUGUCAUUGCCGUUUUGAAACUUCACAGUUACACACCGAUCGAGGUAUAGCUAGUUGUAGCCUGCCUAUUAGUUCAGCGUCACCCUCCCACCUCCCACGACAUCUCUCAACCAGCUGCUCUUAAGGUGAAUCAUUUUGUAUAUUUCUAUUGAAGUAUUAGAAUUGUUAUUCUGUUGCAAUUAUUCCAUCCAGACCAUUACUGCUAAUGUGUGCUGUUUUGUACUUUUUUUUUUUUUUUUUUUUUACUCAUCCCAAAUGGGGCAUGUGUACGAAAUAUACAUAUAUAAAUACAUUUUCUAUACCUUUUUUGUAGCUGGGAGAACAAUGGUUUCGUGGUAGGCCACUGUGCAGUUUACUGUAUUUAAAUGAAUGCUUUCGUGAUUUGUGUAUGUCCAAUAAAUUCUUUUUAUAUACAUUUGUAAAGUAAUCUACAUUGAGCACUGCAAUUCCACCCCUGCUGGCAAAGAAUGUUUGUAAACUUAAUUUUCUUCUGUUGCAGUUUUAAAGUUAUUUUCGUUAAUUUAUUUUUCAAUACAAGAUUAAAACAAUACUACAGUA